AUGGCCGCGGCACUCGCCCACACAAUUGCGACCGCCGGUGCCCUGCCUGUGCUUGCUGCAUCACUCCUCGCCUAUGGCAUUGCGCUCGCCGUCUACAGGCUCUUUUUACACCCGCUGGCCAAAUUCCCGGGUCCGCGCAUCGCUGCCGUGACUUCGUGGUACGAGGGCUACUACGAGAUUGUCAAGAACGGGCAGUACUCGAGGACGAUAUCGAAGCUACAUGACCAAUAUGGCCCAAUCAUCCGCGUAACCCCUCACGAACUGCACAUCCGCGACUCGCACUUCUUCGAGGAAUUUUAUGCAAAGAACCUCCACCUCGACAAGGAAGGAUGGGACGUCCGCUUCGGCACAGAGGGCGGCGUACUGACCACUGUCGACGCCGCGUUCCACAAGCGUCGCCGCGCCGCACUGAGUCCCAUGUUCUCACGACGUUCUAUUUUGGACUUCGUUCACAUCAUCUACCGCCACAUCGAUACCUUCUCGAUCCGCAUGCAGGAGUUUGAGGCGAGGAAGGAACCGUUGAACUUGACUCAUGCGUUUCCUGCACUGACGGGCGAUAUCAUCAUGGAUUACUUCUUCGGGUUCAACUACGCCCAGCUCAAGCACCCGGAGUUUGAGUCUUUUCACGAUGCGUUCCAGAAGAUUGGCGGGGCUGGUCAUAUUGCUACGCAGUUCCCGCUGAUGAUUCCGAUGAUGAACUCCGUUCCAGAUGCCAUCACAGAAUGGCUACAGCCAGCCGCAAAGAACAUCCUCAAGUUCAAGCGCGACCAGUGGUCCAACAUCGGCCGCACCAUGUCGGGCGAACCUCUAAAGACCAACGACGCAAAGAAGACCAUCUUCCAGGAAAUCUUACAGUCGAAACUACCAGACGAAGACAAGACCCAAAAACGCCUCUCAGAAGAAGCCCAAAUCGUCGUAGGUGGCGGCGUAGAAACCACCGCCUUCGCGCUCUGCAUCGCCUCCUUCCACAUCAUCAACACGCCCCGCAUCUACGAACGCUUGCACGCCGACCUCGUCGCCGCAUUCCCCAACCGCUCAGCCCUGGAACUGUAUCCGUUAGAGCAGAUGCCGUACCUCAAGGCCUGCAUCAUGGAAGCCGCCCGUCUAUCCUACGGCCUCAGCGCCCGAAAUCCACGAACCCGUCGAACAAUGCCUCUACAGUAUAAGAAUUGGACCAUACCACCAAACACCAACGUCAGCAUGACUAUCCCCGAAGUGUCGCACGAUGAAUCCAUCUUCCCGAAUAGCCAUGAGUAUAUCCCCGAGCGCUGGCUCGACAACCCGACUGCACCCGACGGUCUCCCGUUGGAGCGGUAUCUGGUAUGCUUUGGCCGCGGCACACGAUCUUGCUUAGGCAUAAAUCUGGCCUGGACAGAGUUGUACUUGAUUCUGGGUAUGAUGUUCAGGAGGUAUAAGUUUGAACUGCAUGAGCCGAAUGUCGAGGACGUGCAGCUUGGGCAUGACUUUUUCAUUCCGGUCACAAAGUUGGACUGCAAGGGUGUAAGGGUAUUUGUUGAGAGCGUCGACCACUGA